CGCGUGUGCACUUCAUAACACACCCGCUACCAACAGUGCGAGCCACAAUUGGUGAAAUACUGUUGUAAGCAGCGUAGAUGCGAGAAUGACAACCCCGUCAUCAGUUCUCACUGUCGGCACUGUGUAAACGUGAGGGGAUAUACUGCCAUGAAGGAAGCGAAACGUAGGUACGGGAUGACGAAAAGUGAUUAUCACAACGCAGUAAGUCGCGAGAUCCAGUCGACCUACCGCAGUAGAAUACCGAAUUCGGACUACAGCAGGGAGAACUGCCACUGGAGUACGCUGGAGCAGUACAUGUUUGGCAAGUGUGGCUCGAAGGUGGAAUGGUUAAGACUCAUCUUCAAGAAAGUAUGUUAAAAAAGAAGGCUCGUGCUAGGCGAAAGCUGACCGAAAUGACGAGAUAUUUCAUUGCAGCUCUGGCAUAUUUGUAUCACAUUGGCUUCAAGGAGAAUGACAGGGAAGUGUUGAGGUAAUGUUGUGGGCGUUUCGAUGAGCUGAGAGUGAAGGUGAAAGAACUUGUAUUCUGGCUUCCACCAAAUAGCUCCGUGCAAGAAAGUUAUCACUUCUGGUAAGGGAAGCAUUGACGAUGUGGUUGAAGCCGUAGUGGGCACAACUACAUGAAUUCUCCGCCCACAAGAGCAACCGAGCUACAAGGAUUAAGUCGGAUGGACAGAAAAAGCUUGUGUUAGACACAGUUUGCCGAUUUCUAAUGACGGAAUUGACUGGUUACAUCUCGGAAACGAUCGAUUUAAAUUUAUGAACAUACAUCCGAUGUGUCCGACGAGGCUCGCAAUUAAAAAAAAAUGCUUGAUAAAAUAGUUAACAAAGCAUCGGAAGAAGACCCUGUGUGCUAGCAA